AACCGCACAAGAAUUUAACUUAUAAAAAAUGAAAAUUAGACUAGUCCUUCGUCCAACAAAAAAAAAAAAACAAUUUACAGGAGCAAGCAACAAAACGAGCUUAACCAAAAAAGCAGCUAAGUGAAGAAGAAGAAGAAGAAGAAGAAGAAGAAGAAGGAAAUGCAUCCAUACGUACACAACCUAUCACCUCUAAUUGACAUCAAUUACACUUAUCCAUAUCUAUACUCCGAAGAAUAUGAUGAUUAUGAUAUCAACAAUAUCAACCAAGACGACACCGUUUCAGAAACAAUCUCUCCUCUCCCUUUGUCCAUGGAUUGGUCUCCUCCACCUCCCAAUUGGAACGGUCCAAACACUCUCUGGCCUCACACUUUAUCAUCUUGGACUUUUUCUUCUACUAUUCCUUCUUGGCUCCUUGUUCCUCAAUCUACAUCUUCUUCUGAUCCUGUUGUGUUUUACAGGGUUCAAGUUGGAGUAAGAUCUCCUCAAGCUAUCACUACUACCAGGAUUAUUUUGCGGAGAUUUAGUGAUUUUCUUGAUUUGUUUUCUCAACUGAAAAAAGAAUUUCCCAUGAAAAACCUGCCUUCGCCACCACCAAAAAAGAUAUUGAGAAUUAAAAGUGAAGCUCUUUUGGAAGAGCGACGGCGUUUAUUAGAGAAUUGGAUGAAAAAAUUGUUAUCAGAUAUUGCUGUAUCAAGAAGUGCGCCAGCAGCAAUUUUUCUUGAGUUAGAAGCUGCUGCUAGAGCCUCAUUCCAUGACGCGGAUCAUCAUAUUUCAGAUGAACAAACUGCUAGUAGCACUGGAGCAUCACAUAUGAUCCAAGAUAAUUCGCAUGGUUUUGUUAAAGCUGCAUCUGUUUCUGGUGAUGAUACCCUUUCUGAGGUUUCUGAGCUGGGUACACCAAGACACGGAAAAGAUAUAUUAACAUCGGAACAUGACUUGAUUAAUCCAACCGAAACAAGUGUUGGUCCUGCUGCAUCCAGCAAAGACUUUAUUUAUGAGGAUAAUAAUACAGGCAAGGUCACUGAGAAAUCUGGUGAUGCUAUAGCUAUUCGUCUAGACGGAGCUGACUAUACCCCAGCUAAUGCUCAUGUCAAGAGAUUGUCAACGGAAAGCAUUGGAAAUGACUUAAGUUCUGUACAGAAUACUGAAACAUCGAGUUCAGCAGUGUCCACUUUACUUCAGGAUGUUUCGCAUGACCUUCCUGGGAGUCGCGUACCCUCCGGAAACUCAGAUUUGUUAUUGACUUUUCCAUUAGAUGAGCGACACAAGUUAAACAGAAUUCUUAAUACCCAGAAGCAGAGAGUGGCCACGGCAAAAACUGAUGUUGAAGAUCUUGUAGCAAGAUUGAAUCAAGAAAUGGCUGCAAGACAAUAUCUUGUGACGAAGGUUAAAGAUUUGGAAGUUGAGCUUGAAACAACUCGAGUGAACUGCAGAGAAAGCAUGCAGCAGGCUGUUUUAACCGAAAAGGAAAGAUUUACACAAAUGCAGUGGGAUAUGGAGGAACUUCGGAGGAAGUGCCUGGAGACAGAAAUGAAAUUGAAGUUUGAAGAGGAUGAAAGGUUGCUAGCAGAAUCAACAAAAGCAUCCAUUAUUCAGGAGAAGCAAGUGUUGCAACAAGAGUUAGAUGUGGCUAGAGAACAACUUAAGCACAUGCAGAAACAUCAUGAUGAGUUUGAGAUGAAAUCAAAGACAGAUAUGAAGUUGCUAAUAAAGGAAGUGAAAUCCCUUAGAAGCUCUCAGUUAGAACUAAAGCAACAGCUCAGCAAAUUGAUGGAGGAAAAAGUAGAUGUGGAGAGAACUCUUCAGAAGGAAAAGGAAAGAAUGCAACUUUCACAUAAUUCUAAUGCAAAGUUGUUGCAUGAGUGUACAAUCCUUCAGAAGAGGCUUCAGGAGUGCAGUGUAAAUUUUCUUGUUGAAGAGGAAGAUAAAUUAAAUGUUGACACUUCACCAUCUGACGCUUUGGAUUUGUUAGCAACAUCUGAUAAUCGGAUUGGCCUCUUGCUCGCAGAGGCACAGCUCUUGGCACAAGAUGUAGAAAAUGUUGUGGAUGCUUUGGAAGGAAAUACAACUACAAAUGAUACUGAGACAACUAAUGAAUUAAGGAAAAUGCUGGCAGAUAUAUUUGUAGACAACGCCAGUUUAAGGAAACAAGUCAAUUCUGUUAUCCGUCGUGCUUUAAUUGCAAAUAUCAAAUCUGAGGAGAAUGAGGAAGACGAAAUCCAUUUGCAAAAAACUUUUCUAAGCAAGUUCUUAGAGACAUGACAUGUUCAAUACUAUGUAAUGUUAAUGUUACUAAUAUAAUGUAUGUACCCUAUCCAUGUUACCAGGUUACUUUUGUAUGCAUUGCUCAAAGUUAAUUAUCAUAUUCUGUGAAUGAUAGACCUGUGGGUAAUUAAUAAUGAAGGUCUAUCAUAGGAAAGAGGGGGAAAACCCAAAUAAAGGGUUGUCUUGUAGUUAGAGUUGGUUAGUUUGUAAUGCCAAUAUUUUUUCUCUCAUGUAUAAAGAGAAUGAGGUUGCCUUUA